AUUCAACAUGGCGAGUAAACCGAAUGUUGAGAUGGUAAAGGAGCAAGAGUUUAUGGUUGGACCGCGGUAUACGAAUUUAAUGUACAUUGGAGAGGGUGCAUAUGGAAUGGUUGUAUCAGCUCAAGAUUCUGGGUCAGGCCAAAAAGUAGCCAUUAAGAAAAUAUCUCCAUUUGAACAUCAGACAUAUUGCCAGCGCACACUCCGAGAAAUUAAAAUUUUAACCAGAUUCAAACAUGAAAAUAUUAUCAAUAUUCAAGACAUUCUCAGAGCACCAACAAUAGAAGAUAUGAAAGAUGUAUAUAUAGUACAGUGUUUAAUGGAGACAGACAUGUACAAAUUACUGAAGACGCAGCAACUGAGUAACGACCAUGUGUGCUACUUCCUGUACCAAAUACUCCGAGGACUCAAAUACAUACACUCAGCCAACGUACUACACAGAGAUCUGAAACCCAGCAACCUUUUACUAAAUACAACUUGUGAUCUGAAGAUUUGUGAUUUUGGUUUAGCAAGAGUUGCUGACCCUGACCAUGACCACACUGGUUUUCUGACAGAAUAUGUAGCCACACGAUGGUAUAGAGCUCCAGAAAUCAUGCUUAACUCUAAAGGCUACACAAAAUCAAUUGAUGUAUGGUCAGUUGGAUGUAUACUGGGAGAGAUGUUGUCAAACAGACCACUAUUUCCAGGAAAACAUUAUCUAGACCAGUUGAACCAUAUAUUAGGAAUUUUAGGUUCCCCAAGUCAAGAAGAUCUCGAUUGUAUAAUAAAUGAAAAGGCUAGAGGUUACAUCCAAAGCUUGCCAUACAAACCAAAGGUAUCAUGGAGCAGGUUGUAUCCUAGAGCAGACCCUAAAGCUUUAGAUCUGUUAGAGAAAAUGUUAUGUUUCAAUCCACACAAGAGGAUCACGGUGGAACAAUCAUUGGAACAUCCAUAUCUGGAACAAUAUUAUGAUCCUGCAGACGAACCUGUCGCAGAAGAACCUUUCACAUUUGAAAUGGAAUUAGAUGAUCUACCCAAAGAACGAUUAAAGGAACUCAUAUUCCAAGAAACACUUGAUCUGAAAAAGAAAAUGGGAAUAGAAAGCUAGGUAAAGAAGAUAUUUACUUAGAGAAGAUAUAACAUCAUAUCAUAAUCAGCUGGAAUAUUCCAAAAUCAUCAUCAAAAAGUCAUAGGACAAUCUUUGUCAUCAAGAAGCUUCAUGUCAAAGCUGUUUCAUCAAGAAGCUUGAAUUCAAGCUAGUGUAUUCAUAUGACCUAUAUCUUACAAGUAUUUAUUUCCAUGUCGACCAUGAAAAUUUUAUAAAUGUGAUAGUAUUUUUCACUUUUUGAUAUCAUUUGUCAUGACAUUUUUCGCUUUAUUUCUUCUUUUUCUAUAAACAUUCAUUUUGGAGUAUUUUUCACUUACUAUUUUGUUUUUUUACCUUUUUCGGUAUUCUAACGUUAGAAGAAAUUAGAACAGAAUAUACAUAGAUUAAGAGUUUUAAGAGCAGGAAUUUAGAUAAUUUUUUAGAAUUUGUUUUUCAUUUUUGAUACAGAAUUUAGUUUUCAGCAGCUGAUAGAUAUAAAUUUGCAGCUGUUUUUUUUUUUUUUUUUUUUUAAAUUGAUUUUUGAAAUCAGAUAGUAAAAAUUGCUGUAAGUUUUCCUUUGAAGUUUCCAUAUAUUAAAAAAAAAAGAAUGAAUAUCUCCAUUACUAAAUCUCCUACUUUGUUGACAAAUUUUCCAUAUUCCCCGUUAUUUGUCUAAAUUAACUGUUUGUCCUGUAGAAUAUGACAAAUCAAAGUCACAAUGAUUUUUUUACAUGAUAAAUAAAAAAUGUCCAAGAUACUUGAAACAUUGUAUUAGUAUCAGUCAAGUUUGUUGUUCGGUUUGUCUGAUGAAUUGAUUCAUUUCGCUGACAUAAUGUCAAAUGAACGGAGUUAUGAGAUGGAAAGAACUACUGCGGAGCAUUGUGGAGCUUUUUGAUUCUUUAAUUUUUGGAUUAUUUUGAAAGUUUGAAGAUGUAGGUCAUACCCAAAAUAUAUUCAAACAUUAAUCUUAGGUAGGGAGAUCUUCAAGUUUGGAGGUUUGAAAAGUGUUACCUAUGAUAAAAAUAAAUCAUUUAAAUAAGGUCAAUUUCAGAAUUAGAUAAGGAAAAGGAAACUUUAACGUAAGUGAUAUGCUUGUGAUGUGUAAUAAAUUAUGUUAUGCUUGAAUGAAUUUUAUGUAUUAGUUAGCAGAGAAAAACAAAAUGAUAAGUUCUUCCAAAAUCUGUUCAAUAGAUUUUAUCUUUCAUUCCAACUGUUUAGGAAAUUGAAUCAUCGCUUAUUGUAGAUAUGUAAUUUAGAGUAAAUUUUCUGUCAAUAUAUCUUUGUAUAGCAUAUAGAAAUAUACAUGUACACUGUAUAUCUUCUGAAGUUAUGUUUAUAUUACCAGUAUCGUGGAUAGUCACAACUCAUAUCAUAGGUACAUUUAUGAUAUUGUAGCAUAUUCAUAUAAUUAAGCAUUGUUCAUGUUGAAGACAAGAAAUGAAAAGAUGUUUGAUACUUAAUAAUCGUUCUCCUCUGUAUAAAAUUGUUCAAUAGAUUUUCUGUAUAAACAUGUUAUCUGUUUUUCUGACACAAAAUUUAUAGCAUUUGUAAAGAGUACCAUCAUAUGUUUUUUGAAAAUAUUACCCAGAAUGCUUUAGCUUCUGAAAUGGUAAAGUAUUUCUACAUUUUUUAAAAUGGAAAUACUGGCACAGAUCCAAAUUUGACAUUAAUGACUAUGUCAAUUCAAUGAUCUGGAGUUUCUAAUGAGUAGUUUUUGGAGCUAUUUCAUACAAUGGAUAUAUUUAAAGAAAAAUUACAAGAAUAUUAUUGCAGUAAUUAAUGUAUACAUCUUGCCUGUAUUUGGAAUUUUAGUUGUACGAUGAUGUGUCCAUUUCUAAGGUUGAAUGUUCAAUACACAAGGGCAUAUGGAAUACCACAAUGUUUCAUCUAAGACAAUGUCAAAAGUCACAGCACUAUUUUACACAUUUUUUUUUAUGUCAUUUACCAAGGUGUAUCUAUAUUUCAGUUUAAUUUAAAUUUCCAUUCCAUUUAUUAGUUGUCAACUCAAAAUUAUUAGAAUCAUUUUCAUGUCAUUACUGCAAUAUUUGUUCAACUUGAAGACAGCUAGUUUUUACAUAGAUGUAUUGUCAAUCAUUUCAUUGUCUUUGUAAGAAAGUUCUUACUUUAAUUAUGAUCUUUGUUACAUCUGUUGCUUUGGAAAAUGAAGGUGUUUAUUAAUAUCAACAUUUGGGCAGGUUAGAAUUUGAAAAUUUUUAAAUAGUAAUUUACGAUUUUGAAAUAAGGUAGAAUUUGUGUCGUAAGAGAAUAUUAGAUGGCUAGAUUCACUAGAAAAAAAAUAGUGAUUAUUUUUAAAGAGAUAUUUUGCCUUUUGAUCAGUUUUUGGUACAAUUAGAUUUAUUAAAUUCAUUCCUUGCAUAUUCAUGUUUAAGAAUCUCAUAACAAGAUGCAUUUUAUCAAAUUGUAAUCAUGAUUAUUUUUUUUUUGAAAUUCUGAUAUUAAAAAAAAUUCCCAAAUUCUCAUAACAGGAGGCAUUUUAUCAAAUUGUAAUCAUGAUUAUUUUUUUUUCAAAUUCUGAUAUUAAAAACAAUUUCCAAAUUCUCAUCAUUUUAAUAAAUAAUGUAAAUUUGAUUUAGCCAGUAUAUAUAGUGUAACUCUGUGAUAAAUUACUAUUGCAGCUGAUUUGUACGAGUGUGUUCAAAGUAUUUAAAAUUUGAUUUAUUCACCAUGAGGUCAAUUUUUGCUUUGUUGACUACCUUUUGGUGUGGUAACAGUUGUCAUGAGAAACCAGUCAGGUAAUGCAAUAGGCAAUACAAGAAUGUUUGUAAAAAUCUGCUUCUCCAAAAGUUUUUUAUUACCAUUGCAAAUAAUGAGAUCAUUAUUACCUCACAAAAAAGCAAACUUUGGUGGAUAGUUGUCUCAUUGGCAAUCAUACUACAUCCCCUUAUUUUUAUUAAGUUUUAUGUUUUCACUACAUCUCCAAAUACUUCAGCUGUAAUAACUCGUUUUUUUCUGUCAUUCAUAUUUGCAGAUUUUAUAACAACAUUAACCUGGACAGAUUCAUCACAAUUGAAGCAGUAGAGCAUGCCAAUCCUCCUUCUGGAUGGAGGUCUAUCGAUUUAUUUUCUCAUGGUUUUUUAAAAAUCAUUUUGGGGUCAUUCCAGCAAUACUAAAUAAAUUCUGAUUACUGAUUGCAACACAAUGUACAUGACUAUUUUACAAUUUCAAAAAAUAAAAAAAAUCGAAAUUGAUUAAUUCAAAUUUGAUAGACCUGUAAAUCAGAGAAUUAUAACUCUUAGUGCCCUAAAAGUUUUUAGUUUUUGUUUUGUACCUGCCUGUCAAUUUACCUCAGUUUUGUAAGCAUUUUCUUCCUUUAAUUGACGCAUAUUGUUAACUUUUUACUCCAUGUAACAUGCUGGUAGAAUAGAUAAUGAUGUUGUGAGGAAGAUCAACGUUUUUUUCUUCUUCAUUGAUAUAUAUUUUUUUUGUUAUGAUAGAUAGAAUUGUAUAAAUAUUAAGGAAUGUAUGUAUUUCAUUUACAAUAUUGUUGUUGACAAUUGCUGACUUUAAUGGUUAGAUCAGCUCAGUUCAUGACCAGUGUUCAGAAUGGCAUCUGUAGAAGAAGUUUCUCAGACUUUGACUACCGUUAAAUUAAAUAGCAUUUUGGUUAAAAUUGGCCUUCCUGCACUAUCAAGGAUGUCUUAAAAAGUCCUAUUAUUGCUGUCUUUCAUCUCAAAGUCACAGUAAGGCCUUCAACAUGGAGCAAAAUACCCAGGGGUCACCACACCAGACGAAGAGAGCGACAUUAUUGCCCUAGGAUUCCCCACUUUGCUUUACAGAAGCUCCAAGAAGUUUAUGUCGCCCUGGAUUUUCAGUGAUUUUUGAAGUUCACACCUUACCGAGAGUUUAGACAGCUCCUAGCACUUGAAAUAUUUGCUGAUGUGAAUUGAAGGGCACAGAUUGAGUGUUGUAUCAACAAAUUGCUGACUAACAGGCAAAGACAUUUAACAAAUACUGUAACAAUUUGUCUGUCAUUCUUUGGGAACGAGAUGAGAACAUAUGUGUUCACGCUUAAACUAUGGGAUGCAGCAAGCUUUGAUUACUGCUGUUUUAAGCUGACAGAUAUUAUGUACAUACUUUUUGACCUUUUAAACAGUCAUGAAGACUAUUUGAAGGAUGUCUAAAAACAUGUGACUGCUGAAGUACGACGAUGUGUUUUUCUAUGGAUGUUGUUCUUAACGGACAAAAAUCAUGGACUGUUCUGAUCUAGCUUUGGAUUUUGUUAUAUUGUAAAUGGUGUUGAACUCAGCGACCAUUUGAUAGUGUGAACUCUGAACUCUGAUCUCACAGACCACUUACAUUUUUUCAAAACUUUUGUUAUGAAAUAUUGAAAAAGUAAAAUCCUGAUUAAUACAUUAUUUUAGCUUUUUUUCGACAUCAAAUCUCUUGUACAAAAAUGAAUACAGAUAGUCAUUCAGGUUGUUUUUAACCUUUGAUCUUGACCUUAACCUUUUGACAAUUUGGGAUAGGAAGCAGCUUUUCAUUUAUCUUUCAAUCAUUCCAGUCAUGUGACGUAAAUAUCUUAUUGACAAUGUGUAAUAUAUUGUAUUAUAUCUAUCGUUGUUAAGAUUUAGUUUGCAUGUAACAUGUAGUAAGUAAAUCAUGAAUAUAUAAAUUCAGAUAUAGUGUAGUGCAUACUUAUUACUUAUAUCAAAUAGUAAUUUUUAUGUCAGAGGGAAAGACUGAUAGAAUAGUUGUACUUAAAUAUAAUUUUGAUACAAAUGAUGUUAAAAACACACUCGAAAUAUUUUUGGUUUAUAAAAAUCCAUGUGCAUCUUUUGGACCUUUUUCUAAUGUUUUUUUUUAUUUUUGAUUUACAAAUAUACAAAAACAAAUCAAAAAGGAAACCAAAGAACCAGGAAGGAAUAAAAAUGGUUUCUAAUUUCUCUCCGCUUGGUCACCUGUAAUUUGUCUUGGUGAUAAGCUUUAACUUUCUAAUUUUUCACUGAUGACAAGUCUAUAGUAGAUGCUUAUAUAUUUUGGGUGAGGUACUUUUCACAUCAACAGUUAUUAAAUUGACAAAAGUCAUGUAUUAACCAUUCAGAAAAAAAACAACAACUGGAAAACAAGAUUCAAAUCCAUUGUCUUAAAUGGGAAGUUUCAGAUGUUGAAAUACCAAUGUUGGGUUUAAUUCUUAGUGGCAUCUUGCUUUGUUUUAUCAAUUGCCACCGUCCAUUUCAUGGUGAUGUAUUAGCUAGUAUAGUGAUAUCACCAGGGGACAUGACAAAAAAAAAAGAGGCUGAAGACAUUAAAGAUUUCAAAUUAAUAUUGUUUAUACAUAUAUUACUGUUAAGAAGAGUUACAUCCCUUUAUGAGUUUUGACGGGUUAUUUUUGUUUUAAAUAUUUAUAAGCUUAAAUUCUAAUACUUGGCAGCAAGAAUAGGGUUACAAUCCUCAUCCUCUUGGACUUUUAGAAAGGUGUAGAUGAAAAUGACAAAAUGAUCCUUGAUAAGAAGAAUAGAUUUUUAACACAAUUUGUCAUAUAAACCUUAUCGAGAAAAAAUAAAAAUAUAUAAAAUAUAUUCAACAAAAAUAAUCAUUAUUAUAUAUGGCCAUAUUUUAGUCCACGUCCACUGAUUGAUUACACGUUGACAGAUUUAUAGCUGUGAUAAUUUACAGAAUAUAUUUAUUUUCACUUAGUGCUUAUUCAUUAAAAAAUCUUAAGAUUUUUUUUAAGAAGCACAGAAGACCAGAAAUGGAGGCCACAAAUAUAAGAAGCUUUUCAUGUUGUAAUUAAUCACCUAUUUAAAUUAAAGAAUUGUGUUUCAAAAUAGUCAAACUAUAUCAGCUGCAUAUAAUAUGAUAAAUUGCUGGGUUUGUGAAAAAAGAGACCACAAAAUCAUAUUUUUUCAAGUAAUAAAUGUCUUUAUAUUAAAAAACAUUAAAAAGCUAAUUUGUAAAUUUUUGAUGUGGCCUCAUCACAGUAAAAAUGGCAGUGAAUGUUUAAUUAUGUAUACAUACUUAUUAAGAAUCUCACAUUUAUUUGUGCUUGUACCACAUGACAGUCAUUCAAGAAUUUGUAAAUGAAAAUAUUGAAAUGGAGCUUGAAUAAAUAGUCUCCCCUUAUUUUGUAAUGAUUUAUGAGUGAUGACAAGAAUUGACAGAUCUUAAAAUUUUCCAAUAUUACGUAAAUUUCUUCCUUUUUCUUAACAUGUGAAAGUUAUUUUUUUAAACUUAACCUGUCACAGCACAUGCAUAAACUUCUAUUUUUAGUUAUCUUUAAAAUUAAAGUCGUUGCAUUGAAACUGGAACUGAUGGUAGCAAGAAUCACUAUUCUGUGUUAAAUGUAUAAUGCUAACGAUGUAGAAAUAAACAUAUUGAGAUAAAAAUGUAGUUAUUAAAAAAUGAAAGUACAUACUGUAAGAUAAAAGCGGCUAUGUGAAUUGAUAGAAUAAUAAGUUCAAGUUUAAACCAUAGUUACCAAAUUAAAAAAGUUUAUUAUGUAAUAUAUUGUUUAUAACAUCUCAAGAUUUUGAAAUCAAGCUCAAAAGAAAUUUGCCUUUUUGUAUUUGUAAUUCACAGAAUAAAUCGUUAUUUGAAUAUAUAUUUCAUUCUUGAAAAGUUUGAAGUAUAUCUCAAAUAUAUACUGGCCUUAUUAAAAAUUCAAUUGCGAAAUAGUGAUAGAUUUUUUUAUAACUAUAAAGUAGUAAAAAAAUUUGGCAAGAUCAAACAAUCUUUAGCUUUCUAUUUCACUCCAGCACAAUCUGUAUGUAAAAUUGGUACAAUAAAAUAGUUGAUAUUCAAAAAAUAGAUUUGUAAAGUCCAAAAUAAUAUAGUAUGGGAAAGAUAGAAGAAUAGUCAUAAAGUACUAAAAUUUGUUAAGUUGUUAAAAAAAUAUUAAUAUGUUGUAUACAGGUAUAUUCUAAAGUGCUUUUUAUAUUUGUUGAAACUUUAUAUUAAUUCUUGUGCUAUAUGGUGUAAAAAUUAAGAAAUAACUACUGUUAUUGUUUUUGUCGUAGAAUUUUUACCCAAUACCAUUAAUAUUGUUAUAAUGUGUAUUUUUGUACUUUUUUGCUGUACUUAUCAUUAAAAUUUAAACUAGGUA